CUGGAAUGAAAAGGGCUCUUAAAAUGAAGGAAACUGGAGUUUUAGGCAAAACAGGAGACACAAAAGAGGAUAAAGACAAAGACAAAGAAGAGAGAGACCCAUGGUGGAAACCAAAAGAUUCUGAAGAAAAGUUGUCCAGAGGCUUUGGUGAUCAUAUUAAUUGGAUGUCGUACGAGAAAGGUCUAAAGGAAGCCAAGGAAAGUAACAAGUAUAUGCUUCUGAUUAUUCACAAGUCAUGGUGCAGCUCAUGCAAAGCUUUGAAACCCAAGUUGGCAAAGCACAGAGAGUUUGGUGAGCUCAGCAAAAAAUUCGUGAUGGUCAACACGGACGAUAACGAUGAACCACAAGGAGAGCAGUUUGAUGUUGAUGGGAAAUAUGUGCCGAGGAUUUUCUUCUUAGAUCCCAAUGGUAAAGUGCAAAAGGACCUAUGGAACGAAGGAACCAAACAUAAACACGUAAAAUACUACUAUCAGGACGGAGAGGAAUUAUUGACAGCUAUGAAGAAAGCAUUGAAAAUUGAGGAUCAAUCAAAGGAAGUAUCUGAUCAUGGAUGGGGCGAAGAAAUUGCGUGGACGUCGAUUGAAGAGGGUUUCAAGAAAGCAAAAGAAGAAAAGAAGCCACUGAUGUUGAUAAUUCACAAAUCAUGGUGUGGAGCUUGCAAAGUUUUGAAGAAGAAGUUUGCUAAGUCCAAUGAGGUUGCGGAGUUGAGCAAACAGUUUGUUAUGGUUAACAUUGAAGAUGACAGCGGAAAAACCGCCGACACCUUUGACGUGGAUGGCGCUUAUGCCCCAAGAAUGUACUUCCUGGAUCCUUUCACGCGUGAGAUUAUGAAGGAAUUCCACAACACUGACAAAUCUUUCAAGGAUUACAAAUAUGCUUAUGCAGAGCCCAAAGAAAUCGCUGACAUGAUGAAGAAAGUUCUCGGGAGAGAGAUGAGUGCUGGAGUUGGCCAAGACAGAGGUUUUGGUGCUCAUCUAAAGUGGAUGAAGCUCGAUCACGCUCUCAAAGAAGCCAAAAUAUCCAACAAGCCCAUCAUGAUAGUCUUACAUAAAAGCUGGUGCCAGAUCAGUCAAGAUCUCAAACCAAAAAUUGCCGAAUCUAAGGAAAUCGCUGGGCUUAGCAAAUACUUUUUGUUGGUCAAUCUUGAGGACGAUGAAAUCCCCAAGGAUGGAAAAUACGACGCUGACGGAUCUUACGUUCCGAGAAUUGUUUUUUUGGAUUCCGAUGGAAAAUUAAAGAAAGAAAUUGAUAACGAAGACACUUCUCUUGACAAAACAAAAUACUUCUACAAGACAGCUGAGGAAAUCAUCAAAUCCAUGAAGAAGCUGCUACCAGAAACCGAAGGUUUGGACAGAGGGUUUGGUAAACAGAUUAACUGGAUGACAAUGGAGAAGGGUCUUGAAGAAGCAAAGAAAAGUGAGAAACCUGUGAUGUUAAUCAUACACAAGUCGUGGUGNUUUAAGUAUCGAAGUAGACGAGAUUGCAUUCAUGUUCCCACGUUUUAG